AUUUUGUUUGAUCAUUGUUGCAUGUCCUGAAAAAGCAAAUAUACAAACCCGGAAUGCUAACAAAACAAUUAAUUAAAUGGUCACUAAACGAAGGACUAUAAAUACGCUAUGUAUUUUGCGUAAGAUGUAAACUUUACAAUUAUCAUCUAUUAGUGCUUUUGAACCAAAUGAUUCAGGGAAAAUGUCGCAUAUGGAAUUUAUGCAUAUCGGCUUUGGCCUUCCUAUCGUUAUACAAUAUUAUUAUAACAUUAAAACUACUAUACGCUCCAGAAUGCUUAAGACAUAGCCCUCCUCUGCCAAAACCAACUGUUAAAAUAAUCCGCAGGCCAUGCGAAAAAGACGAAAAAGCCAUAUACACCAAACAGGUAAUGAAUUUAAAUCUUCAAUUAGGUAGAUGGGACAUGAGGUUGCAAUAUAAAUUAUUUGAUCACAUAGUAACAGGUGAAAAGUUUGCUAUACUCAGCGAACUGUUUCGAACUUGCUUGGCUACACAAAGUUCUAUAGAAAAAAUUGCUUCAAUAAUUGAAGUAUCUAAUCACUGGAAUGGUCCAAUAUCAUUAGCAAUAUUCGCUGCUAGCGAAGACGAGCUAAAUACGCUUUUAUUAUAUGUUAUGUAUUUAAGAAAAUGUGAUGCGAGAAUCAGAGACAAGGUUUCCUUUCAUUUGGCAAUUCCCAAAGAUAAAAGACCAAAAAAAGUUGCCAUUGACAUUGAAAAACUGGAUGAAAUGGACUGUGGAAAUCCAAUGGGCACCCUUCAAAGCCUUAUUAAAAAACUCCAGAAACAAAAUGGGAUGUGGAGAAUGAAAAUGCCAUAUCCCCAAAAUUUAAUGAGGAAUUUGGCUAGAAAAAACUGUCAAAGCAAGUUCGUUUUUUUAACUGACGUUGAUAUCAUUCCAAAUAAAGGUAUGGCUGAGAGUUUGGAUGUGUUUCUUAUAAAUGCCAAAUGUAAGGGGUUGUGCGCGUAUGUUAUACCAACAUACGAGAUUGACGAAAGAGUACGUUUCCCUCCUAAUAAGACUGAAUUAAUUCGACUAGCUAAUAGGGGUCUCGCUAGGCCGUUUCAUCAUAAGGUUUUCAUUUAUAACCAGUAUGCUACUAAUUUUUCAAGAUGGCAAAAUGCCACCAACGAAAGAGAUGAAGUUCAUAUUAAUCAUCCAGUAACAAAUUUUGAAUUUCUUUAUGAACCUUUUUAUGUUGCACCAGAUACGGUUCCUUUGCAUGAUGAAAGAUUUGUUGGAUAUGGAUAUACAAGAAAUAGUCAGGUUUACGAGAUGUAUGUGGCAGGUUAUGAGUUUUUGGUUUUGUCUCCUAUUUUUACAUGUCAUUGGGGUUUGCAAAUAAAACGCACCAGACCUCCAUGGCGAGAACAUCAAAAUAACUUAAAUAGAAAAAAUUUUGACGGCUUUAAAACAGGAAAUCUUUGCUAGAUACAAUAAAAGAUCCUCUUAACAUGAUGAACGUGCAGAAAAAAAAGAGAUUUAUAAUAUGAGGACGAUUUUGUUUUAAUGUAUG